AGAAAUUGGGGGAGUUGCCUCUCAACGUCUCCGAUUUUGUCAGUUGUGUCCAUGGGGGAGCAACCGUCCGCCGACCCGAACCCGUGCCCGAAUUGUUUUGCUCCAUUUACUGAUGAGUCUUACUUGGAUCAAUGUUUCCCUGCAUUUUGCGUUGGAUAAAAGUGGUUUCGAGCAAGCACUCUCGUGCACCUUCUUCAGUAACGUGUCCUUUAUAUUUUCAGAGCUCUACGCCUUUCUGCAUCUCAGUUGAAUUUCCCAUUUUUUUUCCCAGCAGCUAUCUGAUGGAUUCACCUUGUAGAGCAUCUCAGUCGUCUUUGUCGAAUUAUGGUGAAACAAAUGGUUCAAUUCCGCUGCAUCCUCAACCGCUUAAUGUGGCCCCCAUCAGCUGUGUUCCAUAUACUGGCCCUCCUCUGCCAUACGGCUAUCAUGCUGAUUCAGUCCUAGUUAAAGUUAGUAGAACUUCGUCGUCCAAGCAUAUCAACUCUCAGCAGCAUGCUGGGGGUCAGCCUAAAAUGGUUUUUUUCCCUGCUUGUCCAGCCAGAGAGGAGUGGGGCAAUCUUAUAAAUCAUGCUAAUGGCGGGGUUGCCCUUACUGGAUCAGCUUUGUUGGGAAAGGUUGGGCCACUCCUUGGUUUAGUUGAUAUAGCUGAAUCUGAAGAUGCUUAUGUUUUCCGUUUCUCUCUCCCCGGGGUCGCAAAGGAUGAAAAAGUGUUUCACUGUGAUGCUGGAUCGAAUGGGAAAAUUAUCAUAAAAGGGGUGAGCAUGACUGGAGAGAGCAAGGUUUGCUGGAAGAAUAUGGUUUUUAAGAUGCAUACUCAGAACUUAUGCCCACCAGGUGAAUUUACUGUUUCAUUCCAGCUGCCAGAUCCAAUUGAUCAUCGAAACUUGUCUUGUGAUUUUGGAUCCGAUGGGAUUUUUGAAGGCAUUGUGAAGAAAAACAACAGGUCCUUUAAUGGGCAGUGACAUAUUUAGGUCAAAAUCUUUCAUCUUUAUGGUAGGGAGAAGCCAAAUUUAGAAGACCAGUAGCAAUGCUGCAGUUGAUUCCGGGAUCGUUGUGCAGCUUUUAGCCUUAUUUUGCGUCAUGCUUUAGUUCAUUUGUGUGUAUGUCGUCUAGUUGGUUCCAUCAUUAAGACUUACUAAGGGUGUGGCUACUCGAACUUAGCCACUUCUACAGAAUGGCUCAAACUAAUAGAUUUGUGUUCUGUAUUUAAAGACCAAGAAUUUUGUCCUUGUUGUUUAA